GACGGAAUAAGUCAAGUCAUUUCGCCUCGGACGGCAAGGAGUGGUCUGGGAGAUCCUCCCGACGCUUGACUGAAAUGUAUCGGUUCGGUGGCGGCGUCGUCGUGAGGCUGACGGCGGCUGGGAGAUGCCCGGCGGUGGCGGCGGUGGCGACCUUUAUGCGGCGGCCGGUGUGCGCCUCGCGCCGCGCCGCCGGCUCCCGCGCCUUUCAGUCGGGCUCCACCGGGAGCCUGGCCGUGAAGCUGAGCACAGCCGCCGAGGUCAAGACGUCGACCGCCAAGAACGGGGACAAGGUGCUGAACCUGGGGAACAUGAACCCGCAGGUCCGCGCGGUGGAGUACGCGGUGCGGGGACCGAUCGUCGCCAGAGCCAGCGAGAUCGAGAAGGAGCUCCAACAGGGAGUCCAGAAGCCCUUCACGGAAGUAAUAAGAGCAAACAUAGGAGACUCUCAUGCUAUGGGACAGCAACCAAUUACAUUUCUGAGACAGGUUGUUGCUCUUUGUACUUAUCCAGAGCUGUUUGAGUAUUCACAUUUCCCAGCAGAUGCAAAACGGAGAGCUCAAUGUAUUCUAAUGGAUUGUGGAGGAAAAAGUCUUGGUUCUUACAGUGUAAGCCAAGGUUUGGAUUGUAUACGUCACGAUGUUGCUAGGUAUAUAGAGACAAGAGAUGGCGGAGUCCCUGUUAAUCCUGAUAAUAUUUACCUUACCACUGGAGCCAGUGAUGGAAUUACUACAAUUAUGAAACUUCUCGUGUCCGGCGAAGGGACUAUGCGGACUGGAGUGAUGAUACCAAUACCACAGUAUCCCCUGUAUUCUGCAGUUAUCUCUGAACUCGGUGCUGUUCAAGUCAACUACUAUCUGAAUGAGGAAAACUACUGGGCUCUAGAUAAGGAUGAAUUGAGGCGGAGCUUCAAUGCAGCCAGAAAUUACUGCAACCCCAAGGCCCUUUGUAUUAUUAACCCAGGAAAUCCAACUGGCCAGGUACAAAGCAGGAAGUGCAUUGAGGAUGUAAUUCACUUUGCUUAUGAGGAGAAACUCUUCCUUCUGGCUGAUGAAGUUUACCAGGAAAAUAUAUAUUCAGAAGGGUGUGAAUUUCAUUCAUUCAAGAAGGUGCUGUAUGAGAUGGGCCUAGAGUAUUCUAGUACAGUGGAACUGGCCUCUUUUCAUUCCACAUCUAAAGGCUACAUGGGAGAGUGUGGAUAUAGAGGUGGUUAUAUGGAAGUUAUUAACUUAGAUCCAGAAGUUAAGGUGCAGCUUGAGAAGCUACUGUCUGUUCGCCUGUGUCCUCCAGUCUCGGGUCAGGUAGCUAUGGAUGUUGUGGUAAACCCCCCAAAGCCUGAUGAGGAAUCUCACGAGACAUUUAUGAAGGAGAAGAAAAUUGUGCUGAGUAACCUGGCUGAGAAAGCAAAGUUAACAGAGGAAGUUUUGAACACUGUUCCUGGAAUGAAGUGCAAUCCUUUGCAAGGGGCUAUGUAUGCAUUUCCAAGAAUCUUUAUCCCUCCCAAUGCUAUCCAAGAAGCGAAGGCCCAGGCAAUGGCUCCAGAUAUGUUUUACUGUAUGAGUCUCCUAGAAGAGACUGGAAUCUGUGUGGUUCCUGGCAGUGGAUUUGGACAGAAGGAAGGAACACAUCAUUUCAGAAUGACAAUUCUUCUUCCUGUUGAGAAGCUGAAAGUGCUGCUACAGAAUGUGAAAGACUUCCAUAUUAAGUUUCUUCAGAAAUAUGCUUGAAGUGUUUGUUCAAGUUGAACUUUAUCAGCAGAGGAACAGAGAAAUUGGAUGUCUUCUUCCUUCUCAUUUCUUCCAUUUCUCCCCCCCCACCCACCCAUCUAUCCCAAUGAUCCAACCAGGUCAAUUUCUAAUGUGUAUUAAAAUAACUAAACUAUUUGACUGGAAGGUCACUAUCAAUACUGCUAAAUGUUACAGGUCAGUACCGUGAAUGUAGUUAUGUACUCUUUAUAUGAUAUUUUAAAGUGCCUUUAAGUUGCAAUGAAAUGGUUCUUGUUGGAAAGACUAUUUUUAGUAUCAUUAAAUAUUUUUCGAUUUUUGUACGCUACCAGUAAGGAUAUUUCCAGUUCUGAGUGUAACUCUUUCAAGAGUAAUUUUCUCCAGAUCAAGGUCUACAGUUUGAUAAUUUCACCAAUUCCACAAAGCCAAAAAAAUGUCCUGUAGUUUUGAGGAUGGUGCUUUUUCUAAAGAUGGUCUGUGGGAAUCUAGUGAUUAAUUUUACCAGUGAAAAGCUUUACAAUGCAUUAAUUCAGCAAAAACACUUAACCUACUUAUAAAUUACUUGUUAAUUUCUGUAUGUAUUUAUAUGGACUUUUAGCAGGAUAAUUCUUAACACAUCCUUGGGAAUGAUCUUUAAUAGGCAGUCUUGUAGCCCUGCCACACGAUUUUUACAUUAUUUCUAAAUUCAGCAAAGGGAAUUGCAUUUCUCCCACUACAAUGGAAAUGUAAUGUUUACAGUUUACUUUGUAAAAUGUGGAAAUCAAACUGUUAUGCCUUGCUGAUUGUAAGUGGAUAACAUUUUGAAAUUUUACAUAUUUGUCAAAGGUCUUCUAACCAGACAAUUUGGGAAAGAAGUGAAAAAAUAAAUAUUGCCUUUGAACAUU